GGGUUCCUACCCCGGCGCAUGGGGAGGCAGGCUCGGCCGGGCCCGCGGAGCUGCAGCAGUCCUUAGCGCCCUCCUCGCCCUCCCCACUGACAUCAUGCUCCAGUUCCUGCUUGGAUUUACAUUGGGCAACGUGGUUGGAAUAUAUCUGGCUCAGAACUAUGACAUACCAAACCUGGCUAAAAAUCUUGAAGAAAUUAAAAAGGACUUGGAUGCCAAGAAGAAACUCCCUAGUUCAUGAGACUGCCUCCAGCACUGCC